AUGGCCGCCGCCGCCGAGACCAUACAGGCCUCCGGCCCCGCGGCUUCUGUCCAAGACCAGACCCUCCUCGUCUUCGCACGCCUCAUGGAGGGCGGCCAGGAGGACGAGGAGACGUGUCGCGACCUCGACCUGCUCACCAAGAUGCUCAACGACGACGCCGUCGCCCGCGAGGCCGACCCGACCAACCACAAGUCCAUCUGCCGUGUCAUCGACUCCGACUGCGUCGAUACCAUCCUCUGCUAUCUCGACAUGCGUCAACCCGACUUGGUGCGCGGCCACGCUGUCCUAACAACCUCGGCCUAUAUGCGCGCCGCCGCCGAGGACGCUUCCAAUAAACUGCGCGCCUUCUUCCUCGACCGUGUCCAACGCCGCACCUACGAUGACUAUAUUGUCGCGUUUUGCGUAGCCGCCGCCACCUUCCCCAUUGUGCCCGACCUGACGACGGAGAUGUUCCUCAACGAGGGAUUCUUGAGCUCCCUAGGGCCGCUCAUGCGCAGGGAGUGGAAGAGCCGCAAGGUGGAGACGGCGUGUCUCGAGAUGCUCAAUGCCGCCUGUAUGGACGGCCGGUGUCGAGAGGCCAUCCAAAAAUACUGCGUGGAUUGGCUCGAGGAAAUUGUUGAACAGUAUACCAUGGAUAUGGGACGGAGAUUGAGCGAAGAACCGAAUCUUCAAGGAGAAGAGGGAUCCGUCUCCAUGAGACAGCAUUCAGAGCAGGUGCAAUAUCUUGCAGCAGUCAUUCUGGCCAAACUUCGGGCUGUUCCCAAGCCAUCUGACCCCAAUGCACCCCGUAUUGAGUCUGCCGUCACGUCUAUAGAAGAGCUAUCCGGCCUCUUCACCAAGAUGAUUCUCCGAAACGAAGACCACGGCAAGCAACACUCCAUCGAAGGAUUGGCUUAUGCCUCUCUGCAACCAAAAAUCAAAGACACCAUUUCCAAGGACCCAGAACUUCUCAAGAAGCUUCUUGAUACCCUCUCAAAAGCGCCACCCCGCUCCCCUACCACAUACGGUGCCCUGAGCAUCUUUCAAAACUUGACACGGUACCGUCCACUUUUCACCGAGGAAGAAAAGAAAAUGUCACAGCUGAAAGCAUAUGCAAAUGCAGAAGGCAAGCUCCCCGGAAUGGACCCGCUCGACGACGACGAGCAUGUCAAUGAGCGCUGCAAGGCUGUCUUUGCAGCCGGCAUCACUCCCGUGCUAGUGACCCAUGGCAAGCACGAUUCUGCAGCUGCCCUGGGAAUCAUUGCCAACAUUCUGCUAUCACUCACCAUGAUUAAGAGCAUCCGCGGCCAGCUUGCCCAACAAGGCGCAGUGAAGCUUCUCCUCGUGGCCUGGAGCAGCCUCAAGGAGGAGCAACGGGACGCCCGACGCAGCGCGUCGCAGGCCCUAGCACGCAUCCUCAUCAGCAUCAAUCCCGCGCUCGUCUUCGGCGGAACGCGGGCAAACCCCGUCGACGCGGCCAUCACGCCGCUCGUCUCCAUCCUGCCGCCCGACCCGGCCUCGGACCGGCGCGACCUGCUGCCGACCUUUGAGGCGCUCAUGGCACUGACCAACCUGGCCUCGAUGGAGGACGCGACGAUCGCGCAGCAAAUCAUCCGCCACGCAUGGCCGCACGUCGAGGAGCAGCUGCUCUCCUCGAACCACCUCGUGGCCAAGGCCACCGUCGAGCUCGUCUGCAACCUGACGCAGUCGCCCGACGGCGUCGCGCUGUACGCCGACGGCAGCGUGCACGCUGCCCAGAGGCUGCACGUCCUGCUGGCGCUGGCCGACGCUGAGGACGAGGGCACGCGCAGCGCCGCCGGCGGCGCGCUCGCAGGGCUCACGGCGUUCGAGCCCGUCGUGCGUGGCGUGGUCCACCGCAAGCGCGGCGUAGCGGCGCUGCUCGGGCUGUGCGUGGAUGAUAGCGAGGACUUGCGCCACCGCGGUGCGGCGAGUAUCCUCAACAUGGUCUCAGCAGGUGGCGCGAUCGGCGCCGAGGCGCGCGACAAGAUUCGCGAGGAGGGCGGCGUCGACAUCCUCAAGACAUGCCUGAAGAAGAGCAGGAGACCGGAGGUGGUGCAGGCGGCUGUGGAGGCGCUAAAGCCGCUGGUCGAGAGAGAGGUGACCGAGGUUGAUUGA